CUCCGAGCAAGAUGGGAAAUGGUUCAGUGAAACCCAAACAUUCCAAGUAUCCAGAUGGCCACUUGGGCAACCUCACUGCUGAUGCCCUGCGGAGUAAGGUGACGGAACUAGAGAGGGAGCUGAGGAGGAAGGAUGCUGAGAUCCAGGAGCGGGAGUACCAUUUGAAGGAGCUGAGGGAGCAGCUGUCGAAGCAGACUGUGGCCAUUGCUGAGCUCACGGAGGAGCUGCAGAACAAGUGUAUCCAGCUGAACAAGCUCCAGGACGUGAUACAUGUGCAGGGAGGGAGCCCACCUCAGGCCUCUCCAGAUAAAGUGCCUCUCGAGAUCCACAGGAAGACCUCGGGCUUGGUCUCCCUCUACAGCAGGAGGGGAGCAAAGGCUGGGGUGUCUGCUGAGCCAACCACCCGAACCUAUGACCUCAAUAAACCCCCUGAAUUUUCCUUUGAAAAAGCCAGAGUCAGAAAGGACUCCAGUGAAAAGAAGCUCAUUACAGAUGCCCUUAAUAAAAAUCAGUUUCUGAAGAGACUGGACCCUCAGCAGAUCAAAGACAUGGUGGAAUGCAUGUAUGGGAGAAGCUACCUGCAAGGGAGUUACAUUAUUAAGCAAGGAGAGCCGGGAAACCAUAUCUUUGUGCUGGCAGAGGGCCGACUAGAGGUGUUCCAAGGGGAGAAAUUGCUGUCAUCCAUCCCUAUGUGGACUACCUUUGGGGAACUAGCCAUUUUAUACAACUGUACCAGGACUGCCUCUGUGAAAGCUAUUACCAAUGUUAAAACUUGGGCAUUAGAUCGGGAGGUGUUCCAGAAUAUAAUGAGGAGGACAGCCCAAGCUAGAGAUGAACAAUACAGAAACUUCCUACGAAGUGUAUCCUUGCUGAAGAAUUUACCUGAAGAUAAAUUAACCAAGAUCAUUGACUGCUUGGAAGUGGAAUACUACGACAAAGGAGAUUACAUCAUUAGAGAGGGCGAGGAAGGAAGUACCUUUUUCAUUUUGGCAAAAGGAAAGGUAAAAGUCACACAAAGUACAGAGGGCCACGAUCAACCACAGCUGAUAAAAACAUUGCAAAAAGGAGAGUACUUUGGAGAAAAAGCUCUUAUCAGCGAUGAUGUCAGGUCAGCCAACAUUAUUGCUGAAGAAAAUGAUGUCGCAUGCCUGGUGAUAGAUCGAGAAACAUUCAACCAAACUGUUGGGACAUUUGAAGAACUCCAAAAAUACCUUGAAGGCUAUGUGGCAAACCUGAAUCGUGAUGAUGAAAAGAGACAUGCGAAGAGGUCCAUGUCUAACUGGAAGCUGUCCAAAGCACUCUCUCUGGAGAUGAUUCAACUGAAGGAGAAGGUGGCCAGAUUUUCCUCAUCUUCCCCAUUCCAGAACCUUGAGAUUAUCGCAACACUGGGCGUUGGUGGGUUCGGAAGAGUUGAGCUUGUUAAAGUAAAAAAUGAGAACAUUGCUUUUGCUAUGAAGUGCAUAAGGAAGAAGCACAUUGUUGAUACUAAGCAACAGGAACAUGUCUACUCAGAAAAGAAGAUCCUGGAAGAGUUGUGUUCUCCGUUCAUUGUGAAAUUAUAUCGUACCUUCAAGGACAAUAAAUAUGUAUACAUGCUUCUGGAGGCCUGCCUAGGUGGGGAGCUAUGGAGUAUAUUAAGGGACAGAGGCAGCUUUGAUGAACCCACCUCUAAAUUCUGUGUUGCUUGUGUGACAGAAGCAUUUGAUUACCUGCAUCGACUAGGUAUUAUCUACAGAGACUUGAAGCCAGAAAACUUAAUUCUAGAUGCUGAAGGUUAUCUUAAAUUGGUAGACUUUGGAUUUGCUAAGAAAAUAGGAUCUGGACAGAAAACAUGGACGUUCUGUGGGACUCCAGAGUAUGUAGCCCCUGAAGUCAUUCUCAACAAAGGACAUGACUUCAGCGUGGAUUUCUGGUCACUGGGAAUUCUGGUGUAUGAGCUCCUAACCGGCAACCCGCCCUUUUCUGGUAUUGACCAAAUGAUGACCUACAAUUUGAUUCUCAAAGGAAUUGAAAAAAUGGAUUUUCCCAGAAAAAUAACAAGAAGACCCGAGGAUUUGAUUAGGAGGCUUUGCAGGCAAAAUCCAACAGAAAGGCUGGGAAAUCUGAAGAAUGGAAUCAAUGACAUUAAGAAACACAGGUGGUUAAAUGGUUUUAAUUGGGAGGGACUGAAAGCACGGAACCUUCCCUCACCUCUACGAAGAGAGCUCAGUGGACCCAUAGAUCACAGUUACUUUGACAAGUAUCCUCCGGAAAAAGGAGUGCCUCCAGAUGAGCUGUCAGGCUGGGAUAAAGACUUCUGACAGAAGAGGACUUUAAGGAUCAAUAAUCCAAGACUGAUUAUUUCUCUCUUCAGCGUAUUAUAUCUUUUGGAAGACCAUUAGAGAACAGAGAACCCUGCACAGGGCGGGUGGAGGAGAAUGAUACGGAUGUGGCCCUGAAUUAUGAUAUCUUAUUUAGAUGCUGUGAAUUAUUCAUGUAUCUCAUUCUUUGCUUUUCUCAAUUGUUGAAGGCUAUUUCAUUUCCCUUUCCACAAUCAAAACCAUUUUGUUGUUGUUGAAGCAGCAUAGUUUUUUUGAAAUCUCUGUUUCAUCUCAGUCACACUCAUCUCCUUCAAGUCCUUCAAAGGUCUGAAAAGGGUCUUUUGCCCUUCGACAACUAAGUCAUGCAAAUGCAAAACCACAAGAGUGAAUUUUGCCUUUCCAUAGCUCUCUGGCAUCAUACAAUGGUGGUUUGCAGAAAUCAUGGUAGUCAAUAGAAGCAUGUUACAUGUUACUUUGCCCUGUACUCAACCUAGAAAUGUACUAAUACGCUUCUAAUACUAGUCUGGGGAAAGCAAGUUUGAGUAUUAGUCAAUGAUACCUCUUCCUAAAGUAAUGUGUCAAUUACUCCAAUCAGGUAAUUAAGUCCCAUUGGAGAAUUUAGAACAAAAUAAAUGAAACAAAAACUAUUUGUCUUUCUCCAGCAGCCAGCUGAGAGAGAUGAGACGUUUCGAAAGCCUGUUAAAGGUGAUGAUAAUGUGUAGUUAAAGGAUGAGCUUUGGGUAAGAUUUUAUCAUAUGUACUAAGACAUUUUCACAAAGUAUAAAGUAUGCCAGAACAAAAUCGUGAAGGCUUUUCCUUCCCACUAAAUAUAAAGGAGUAUACAUUCCAAUAGGUAAGGUAGCUGACUCUUUGAACCCCUGAGGUAUUUUGGCCAAAUCUGUGAUUGUUACUAUUAAUAAACCAAGAGUAUAGAAUAACCGUGGUUAAUUUUUAAUGACAGUCCUAUUGGCAAAUGUUGAUGCACUGUAAUCACUGCUGACUUGAUAGUUCUUUUUAAAGACAUUUGAGUCAUGGAUAUGUCUAUAAUUUUAGAUUGUUAAGCAAAAGGCACCAGAAAAGUGAUGGAAUUUUAGAAGCAAAAGGAACACCCAGCAUCUGCCCUCCUCUUGUCUCCUUCUCUUCCAAAUAGGAAAGAGGAGUUUCCAGAGCAUUGGACACCCCCCCCCAGUAACUAUGACUUUUACUUAAGAACAUACACAUGUAUUGACUAUGAUCACUCUCAUGUUUGUUCUGAAAUGAAUGGGAAGCAGAAAUUUCUCUUUUUAAUCUGGUAGAGUAUGAAUCAUGUGUAAGUUUUGGCAUUGAGAUUCUGGUUAUAUUUUCAUAUGAAAAUGAUCUAUGUGAAAACCAACCUCUCCUCAGUCCUCCCUCCUAAUUUCAUCAUAAGGGGAAAGUCAACUUAAGAGUUAAACCAGAUAAGUGAGGUCCAACCCAAGAAAGGAUAUCCUUAACAAAUUGAAUUUCCACAUUUAGAAUCCUUCUG